ACACGUCUCCAUUACAACUCCAUCAUACUAUAUGUCUAUAUAUAUAACCUUUCAGUACCAGAAAACCGGUGUUAUUAGUAGCGAGAUUUAUUAGCCUCUACGCUUCCUCGAUGUUCUUUCGUAAUGGCGGUGUGUGGUAACUGAUUGAUUCAACAAGUCAGAGACCAUUCCAUCUCCUUCACACCUCACUUUUUCAUCAUUUCUCAAUAAAUUGUGCCGUCUCACCGCUUUAGUUUCACCUUCAAGCCACCUCUAAUGGCGUGAGGAACACCAAACCCAAUUAUUUCAAUCCCAGGAGAAAUCAUUUCGCACUCUGUUCUUGAUUUUUUUCUUUUCUUUUUCUUGUUGUUAGUCUCUGUCUUGGGUUACAGUGAUCUCUUCGUCACAUCGUCUGGAUUGUGUGUAUUACUUUACAAGAGCAAGCGUCGGCUGCCAUUGAUUAACACUUCAAGUAUACUCACAUAACCAGGAUUUAAAACAUCGGUACUUAAUCGGAAAUCUUAUCUUCGAGUCCUCAUUACCGUCGUUUUAUAGCGUUGGGUUCUUGUUCGGUGGAGAGAGUUGGUGUGUUGUGAGCGUCAAUGGGGAAUUGUCAAGCGGCAGAGGCGGCGACUGUGGUGAUUCAACAUCCAGGGAACAAGAUCGAGAGGGUUUACUGGUCGGUUAGCGCUAAUGAGGUCAUGAGCUCGAAUCCAGGCCACUAUGUUGCUUUAGUUGUGACAUCACCGACUUUGAAGAACGAAAACGGGACGCCAUUGAAGCAGCUUAAGCUCUUGCGACCCGACGAUACUCUGUUAAUCGGCCAUGUUUAUCGUCUCAUAAGCUUCGAAGAUGUGUUGAAGGAAUUUGCAGCGAAAAAGAGCGUGAAACUAGGGAAGCUGUUGAGAGACAGAGGAGCUCUUGCGCUUGAGGUGAAGAAGAAUGACAUGGGUGCCCCGAACCCAAACUCGAACCCCAACACGAACCCGAAGUCGAAAUCCGAGAACUGCAGUUCGGUUAAGGCGGAAGAUGAGCUUAUUCAUCGACCAGGAAACAGCAACAGCAACAGCAGCAGCAGAAAUAUAGGAAAGCAUAAUGGUGGUGGGGGGCAAUGGAGACCAGCCUUACAGAGCAUUGCAGAGCUUGGAACUUGAAUUCCCCACAAACCCUAUAAAUCAAAAACCACUCUAAUAUUUCUCCAAUAAAAACAAACAACUUUUCUCAUCAUCCCACCCCUCCCGCCCCAUAGCCUUUCACUAUUUUCAAUACCCUCUUCUUCUUCUUCGCCCUUCUUUUAUCUUUUCCGUUUUUUUUUUUUGGGUUCAUGUUUAUAUGUAAGGCCUAGCCACGGGCAUUUGGGAGGAUCAGACUCUGUAUACCGGAAUAUUAUGUGUACCUAAUGUUUUAUUAAACGAAUUUCCGGCCUCAAAUUACA